AGAGGAUGGGCCUGAACCGACAUUUUGGUAGAGGCCCGUUGAUGAAGUUUAGCCUGCGAUUCAGACCAACGGUGACGCUAAAUCAGGUCAAUUGAUUUGCGAAAUUAAUUGCUUCAACUCUCUACAGAUUCAUGUGGAGAAAGGUUAUCGAGUCGUUGAUCCAGUAUCGAUAUCUGACAGUUGCUUCCUUCAUCAUUGUAAGCAAUUCCGAUAGGCGGUGGGUUAUGAGAUAUCGACAUGUCUGAGAAUCAUGAUCCAGAGCAGGCGCUGCUGAGUUCAGGAACUGGAGCUGAAGAUGGAAAUAAUGGGGUGGAAAUUGUGGAAAUUACGGUCAAUGAUGGUGUUGUGGAGUCAUCCUCUGAGACGUCCGCGGACAUUGUUUCGGAGAAUGACUCUGUUUUGCAGUCCUCUGAGAUAUCCAGUGGAUUUGUCCCGUCCGAACCGAACCAGGGAUCGGCGAUAUUGCCAGAGAGUCCUCGAACCAAAGGUGCAGAGGACUCGCCACAAGAUGACUCCGAUGAUAUUGUAAUAGUCGAAGAUGUUGGGAAAGAAGAUAUGUUUGUGGACUGCCCGGACGAGUUGGUUGGCAAUGCUGAUAUCAGAGAAGCAGUAGCAGCUUCUGAAACUCAAGGUAGUUUGACGGAGGAAGCGCCUUCUGAUACGCAGGAAUUACAGUAUGAGGUAGAAAAAGUUUCUUUGAUUAACGAGGUCGAAAAUACGAGGGCCACUCUGAAUGAGACCAUUUUUGAGAAAGAAAAUGUCAUACAAGAUUUUGAGGAAGAAAGAGAAGCUUUUGUGCAAGAACUUCUUAGCAUUCGUCGCCAAUUAAAGACUGCUACUAAUCAACAGUCAUUGUUCAAUAUUACUGGCAGUCAGUUGAACGAGAGUGUUCAUUUGUAUGGAAUCGAGCAGGUUGAAGAGAACACUUUGGUUACUAAUACCACGUUGAAAGACCUAAUGAAUGAAUGCUCACAAUUGGUUAAUAGGACUUUAGAUGAACGGUUGCAGUACGAGGCUACUAUAGGAGAACUGCAUAAUAGCCUCUUAAUGAAGGAUCAAGAGAUUGAAUAUCUUAAUGCAAAGGUUGUCGAAGUUUCGGUGACUGAUGAAGUUGUUCGCUCUUAUGCAAAUUCAAUUGAAGAUUCUAUGAAAAUUUCGUUAGAGAAGGAGAGGGAUAUGAAUGCCACAUUAGACAGAGUGCUAGCUUCUGUGAACUCGGUAUUGAAUCAGCAAGAUCUUCCUGGCGAUUCUACAUCUGAGAAAACAGUUCUUGUUGAAAGAAGCGCUUCUCUGUUGGUUGAUAAUUAUAAAAAAAUCCUUCUGGAAAUCAAUCAACUCCAAAAAUGUUUAUCUGGGGCCGAGUCCGACACCGUCUUUGCAGGAUUGGAAACAAUUUUGGGCUCUGCUUGUGAUGAGUUAAUUGAGCUCAAGGCUAAAGAGGUAAGCAAUGUUGCAAAAAUGCAUCAACUGGAAGAUGAAAAUAGAAGAUUGGCUGUUGAGCUAGACAAUUACAGAUUGACAGUGGAGACUGUUAAUGCAGAACUCGAAAAAGCAAAAAGUGAGCUGGAACAGGAAAUGAUGAGGGGUGCUAGUACCAAAGAGAAGCUAAAAAUGGCUGUGACAAAAGGCAAGGCAUUGGUACAGCAACGUGAUGCAUUAAAACAGUCUCUAGCUGACAAAGGUCUUGAGCUUGAAAAAUAUUCUAUCGAAUUACAAGAGAAAUCAAAUGCCUUGGAGGCUGCAGAACUAAUUAAGGUCGACUUGGCUAAAAAUGAAAAUUUAGUUGCAUCACUUCAGGAAAAUUUGUCGCAAAGGAAUACGGUCCUUGAAACUUUUGAGGAUAUCAUAUCUCAAGUUGAAGUUCCUCGUGAACUCACGUCAAUGGAUAGUAUAGAAAGAAUCAAGUGGCUUGUGGAUGAGAAGAAAGUCCUGGAGGCUAUUUUAUUGGAGUUUCAUAAAUUAAAAGAUACUCAAAACUUAUCUGAUUUUCCAGAUUUGAUUGCACCUUAUGACCUGAAAUCUUCCGUCAGUUGGCUUAAGGAAUCAUUUUUUCAGGCUAAAGAUGAAAUAAUGAUCUUGCGAGAUGAACUUGUUAAAACAAAAGAAGCAGCAUGUGGAGAGAUUGACCGCAUAAGUGCAUUACUUUCAAUUGAAUUACAGGAAAAGGACUAUAUCCAGGAGGAGUUGGAUGAUCUGUUAAGAAAACACGAAGAUCUGUUAAGAAAACACGAAGAGGUCAUGAUAAAAGAGCAUCAGGCUUCGUUGGAGAAGGCUCAAAUCAUAAAAAUGUUACAAGAAGAAUCUGGAAUGAUAACAGAUGACGGAGGGGUCAGUGAAAUUUCGUUGGACUUAAACUUGCUUGCUUACAGAUGCUUUCAGAGGAUAAAAGAGCAGGCCAGUGUUGCUGCUGAAGUUUCUAGUGAAUACGUAGAAUCUUUUGCAAAGGUUCAAACUCUUUUGUAUGUUAGUCAUCAGGAUUUGAUGCUCCAUGAUAUACUCCUAGAAGAGGAGUCUUCUAAUAUCAGUAAUUACUCAACUAGAUUAAGAUCAGUAUCUCAAGAACUUAGAGAAGUGAAAGAGGAAAAUGACUCUUUGCAGAGAGAUAUCCAAAGAUCAGAGGAGAAAUACGCCAUGCUAAGGGAAAAGUUGUCCUUGGCAGUCAAGAAAGGCAAAGGACUUGUUCAGGACAGGGAAAAUAUGAAAAGUGUCUUAGAUGAAAAGAACAUAGAAAUAGAGAAGUUGAAAUUGCAAUUAGAUAGUCUAGAAUCAACAGUUGAUGAUUGCAGAAAUCAAAUCAAUUUGUUGUCUAUUAAUGCACAGCGCAUUCCAGAGUUGGAGGCUGAUCUUGAUAUCUUGAAGGGAAAAUGCAAUCAAUAUGAGCAGUUCUUAUUAGAGAGCAAUAGUAUGUUACAGAAAGUAAUUGAAUCAAUUGAUGGAAUUGUUCUUCCCAUUAAUAUAGUUUUUGAAGAGCCUAUAGCUAAGGUGAAGUGGAUUGCAGACUACAUUAGGGAAUCACAUGAUGCUAAGAUAUGUAAAGAACAAGAAUUGGAGAGUAUUAAAGAGGAAUUAAGUACUAUGGAAAGUAAAUUAAGAGAUGCUUUAGCUGCUAUGAACUCAUUGGAAAUUGCAUUAUCAUCUGCUGAGAAAAACAUUUUUCAACUUUCUGAGGAGAAAAAGGAAAUAGAAUCUGGUAAGAUGCACAUUGAACAUGAAUUACAGAAAGCAUUAGAUGAAGCCUAUUCACAGUCCAGCAAGUCUGCAGAGACUUAUUCAUCCAUGAACCUACUUCAAGAAUCGUUAUCACAGGCAGAAAAUAAAAUACUUGCGCUUGUCAAAGAGAAAGAAGAAGCUGAAGUUUGUAAAGUCACUGUAGAGAUGGAGUCUAAAAAAGUAAAGGAGGAAGUGGCUAUUCAGACAGAUAAAUUGGCAGAGGCCCAGAGAACUAUAAACACGUUAGAAAAGACAUUAAUCGAGCUUGAGACAAAUGUUGCUUUGCUGAAUGAACGGAAUGCUGAAGCACAAAGUGCUAUAGAGAAGCUAGAAACUGAGCGAAAGAUAUUGCAAGAGGAAGUCAGCUCUCAAGAGAGCAAAGUUGUUGAGGCAGUUGAAUCAAUAACAUCUUUGGAAAAUGCAUUACGUAAGGCAGAAAGUAAAAUUUCUAUAAUUGAAGGUGAGAGGAAAGAUUCUGAAAAUGAAAUAUUUGCUCUAAAUUCCAAAUUAAAUGCAUGCAUGGAAGAGUUGGCCGGGACUAGUGGCAGCUUAGAGAGCAGAUCUAUAGAGUUUGCGGGCUACCUCAAUGAUCUUCAUAAGUUUAUUGCAGAUGAGACAUUGUUGACUGUGGUGACAGGAUGCUUUGAGAAGAAAUUUGAGAGACUAAGAGAGAUGGAUAUCGUUCUGAAGAACACUAGUGAUUGUUUUGUUAACAGCGGUCUAAUAGGUUCUCAUAACCAUCAUGCUGUUAAGGAUCCGCAUGCUAUGGAGUCCCUCUCUCAUGAAAAGCUCCUUGAUUUUGCUGCUGAAAUUGAAAGUGGUAAGGUGGUUGUUGAAGGUGAUGCUGGCAACAUUUCUUCAUCUUUUAGAAAGAUUAUGGAAGGAAUCUGGUUAAAGAACAAAAGAUUCACAGAUCAUUUUGAAGGUUUCUCCUCUUCAAUGGACGGGUUUAUGGCUGAUCUGUUAAAAAGAGUAGAAGCAACAAGGGAGGAAGUAGUUUUUGUGUGUGGGCACGUUGAAUCCUUGAAAGAGAUGGUGAAGAAUCUUGAAAUGUAUAAACAGGAACAAGAAAAUACCAAAGUGAUGCUGGAAGAUGAUGUUUCACUUUUAUUGUCUGCCUGUGUUGAAGCAACAAAAGAACUUCAGUUUGAAAUGACCAACCAUCUACUUUUACUCGACUCUAUUCCCGAACUUGACGACUUGAAGGAUAGCAUACCCAUGGAAAGUAGUGAAACUAAUGGAGCUUCAGCUGCAGAGUCUCCAGCAAAUUCUACUAGAAGCAAGUCAGCUGCUGCUGCAGAAAAAUUAUUGGCUGCAAGUAGAAACGUUCAAUCUAUGGUUAAACAGUUUGAGAGCGUCAUUAAGGGUGCAGCUGCUAGAAUUCAAGAUACGCAGCAUAUAUUAGAAAUAACUGAGGUAACUACUGAGAAAGUUAGAGAGGAAAGGGACUUGAACAAAAAUAUGAUAGUUAAGUUGGAGGCUGAUUUACAACUAUUACAGAAUUCCUGUGAUGAUCUGAAGCGUCAACUGGAGGUCUGUCAGGCAAAUAAAGAAGAGUUGAAAGAAAGAGAGGCUGAAGUUUCAUCAUUGUAUAGUAGUUUGGUGAAAGAACAAGAAGACUGCGUUUUGUCAGCAAUGCAAAUGAAAGCCCUCUUUGAGAAAGUUGGAAGAAUCGAGUUCCUUUUUCAAGAAUCAGAAUAUCAAGAUCUGGAACAAUAUGAUUCACCUGAUGUAAAGAAGCUCUUUUACCUACCUGAUUAUGUUUUUGAGUUACAAAAUCAGCUAAAGUUAUUAUCUCAUGACAAUCAAAAGCUGCAGUCUACAGUGACUACACAAACACUUGCAAUUGAACAGCUAAAAGAGGAGGUUGAUAGAGCAUUGAGGGAUCAUCUCGAUUUAGAGGAGUUGAAGAAAGAUCUCUCAGAGCUUUCUUAUUCUUUGGAACAACAAAAUAGUUUGUUGGGUAGUAAAUAUAGUGGAGAUUCUGAGUCCGAUGGGUUGAAGGAACUAGUAAGAACCAUAGGAAGGCAGAUCCUGGAUUUGCUUUCGGAGUCUGAAAAUUCAAAAACCAAAGUUGAGGAACUGAGUAAGAAGUUAAUAGGUAGCCAAAAGGUUGUGGAUGAACUAACUACCAAGAAUAAGCUACUUGAAGAGUCACUUCAUGGCCGGACAUCUCAAUCAGAGAUCAUAAAAGAAAGGGGCAUCUUUGAAGCACCAUUUCCUUCUGGAUCAGAGAUAUCAGAAAUUGAAGAAGCGGGACCAGUCGGGAAAAGUACAAUACCGCCUGUUCCACCAGCCUCAGCUGCCCAUGCUCGAAUGUUGCGAAAAGGUUCAACUGAUCAUCUUGCGAUUGACGUAGAAACAGAAUCCGAUCGUUUAAUAGGAAAUGCCAUGGAAAUUGAUAAAGACAAAGGUCAUGCGUUCAAAUCUCUCAAUUCAUCAGGUCUCAUCCCAAGACAUGGAAAACUUGUUGCAGAUCGAAUUGAUGGAGUUUGGGUCUCCGGCGGUCGAAUUCUAAUGAGUCGUCCAGGCGCAAGGCUUGGUCUCAUUACCUACUGGUUCUUGAUACACAUAUGGUUACUGGGAGCCAUUUUGUGACCAAAUAUAUGAUCCUCCACCAACAAAGGGAUUUCCUUCAUGUGUCGGUAAAUUGUAUCAUCCACCAAACCAAAUACUCUAUAAGAAGAAACCCAUACUUCCUCUUCUUCUUCAACCACAGCUCUUCCUCUUCUUGCCAUUUUCCAUUUGCUCAAAACAAUCUGCAAUCUUCAGAUAUGACAUCAGCUCAUAGGGGUUCAUCUCUGCCCAAGUUUGGUGAGUGGGAUGAAAAAGAUCCUGCUGCAGCUGAAGGGUUCACAGUGAUUUUCGAUAGGGCUCGAGACACUAAGAAGAACGGAGGAACUCCAAAUAAUGUGAUACCACAGGAAAACCAAAACCAAAACCAAAACCAAUACCGAAGUAAAAAUCAUGAAGCUGCUAAGAAGAAUCACAAGCAAAAGUAUCCAAGAAAGGAGAAAGCAUCGCAUAGCUGCUUGUGCUUCUGGUAGGCUUCUUGUGGUGGGUUUUUAACUGCAGAGAUUGAUGCUUUGUUGAUUUAAUUGGUUGUGUAUACAGUUUUCCUUUUGGUGUCUUAUUUUUGGUAAAUUUUCAUGGGGUUUUCUUUCAGUUCAUUACAUUAGGCUUCUUGGGUUACCUCCUUCUGUACUUAAUCCAUUGUUUAUAGAAAGAAAAAGUUGAGUUAUAUUAUUUUAUUGUGAAAUAAGUUUUGAAUUUGGAGCUUCUUUUGUCAAUGCUAAUACAUGAUUCUUUUGA